GCGCCGGGACGCCUGUCUGCUGAACGUAUUCCCCGCUGUAACCUAAGCGGCUGCGUGGAGGUGGGGGAAGUUCAUUCCUCGCCUGGGAAGCCCCCUUGCCUGCUUAGAGCCAUUGGACAGGUACCGGGGUUCACAAAUAAGGAGAGAGAGAUUUUUUCAAGGAAUCAAGAUUGUACAGAAUGGGAAAGUCCCAUGAGAAGCAAGGAGCUUGAUCAGUUUUUCAGUGCUCUUUGUCCAUGUUCUUCUAGAAGAAGAAAAGAUGAAGAUUGAUUUCCUUAUGAAAAAAUAAUCUCUGUAACCACUGACCAAAACUAUGUGCUAAAAUCAGAAAUCUUGACAAAAAUGGGAAUAUUUGUGUUUUUUGUGAUUUACAGUUUAAUCUUAACCCUGAUACAAGGGCACAGUCUGUUCACCUGUGAACCAAUUACUGUUUCCAGGUGUACAGGAAUGACAUACAAUAUGACAUUUUUUCCAAAUAUGAUGGGACAUUAUGAUCAGAACACUGCUGCUGGCCAAAUGAAGCCUUUUCUUCCUCUUGUGAAUCUCCACUGUUCUCCAGAUGUCCACACAUUUCUGUGUAAAGCAUUUGUGCCUGCCUGCGUGAAGCAAAUUCAUGUGAUUCACCCUUGUCGAAGACUUUGUGAGAGAGUAUACUCCGACUGUAAACAGUUGAUAGACACUUUUGGGAUCACCUGGCCGGAGGAACUGGAAUGUAACAGACUGGAGGAUUGUGAUGAAACUGCUCCUGUCACUGCUGCUGUAACCACAGAGGUCCAUGGAACACAGAAGACCCCAGGGCAGGCUCGAAGGGACUAUGGAUUUUGGUGUCCACGGCAUCUGCAGACUUCCAAUGGACAAGGCUACAAGUUUUUGGGAAUUGAUCAGUGUGCACCCCCAUGUCCCAAUAUGUACUUCAAAAAUUAUGAGCUGGAUGUUGCCAAAAGCUUCAUUGGAAUAGUUUCAAUUUUUUGCCUUUGUGCUACUCUGUUCACAUUCUUGACUUUUCUGAUUGAUGUUAAAAGGUUCAGAUACCCAGAGAGACCAAUCAUAUAUUAUUCAGUCUGUUACAGUAUAGUGUCUCUGAUGUACUUCAUUGGCUUUUUGCUGGGAAAUAGAACUGCUUGUAACAAGGCAGAUGAAAAGUUAGAAAUUGGUGAAACAGUUGUUCUUGGCUCUCAAAACAAAGCCUGCACUGUCCUUUUUAUGGUUUUGUAUUUUUUCACUAUGGCAGGAACGAUAUGGUGGGUGAUUCUUACGAUCACUUGGUUCCUAGCAGCAGGAAGAAAAUGGAGCUGUGAAGCUAUUGAACAAAAGGCAAUGUGGUUCCAUGCAGUUGCAUGGGGCAUACCUGGUUUUCUCACCAUUAUGCUUCUUGCAAUGAACAAAGUUGAAGGGGACAAUAUCAGUGGAGUUUGCUUUGUUGGUCUCUAUGACCUGGAUGCAUCUCGAUACUUUGUCCUUUUGCCUUUGUGCUUUUGUGUUUUUGUUGGUCUCUCUCUCCUUUUAGCUGGAAUUAUUUCUUUAAAUCAUGUGCGGCAAGUCAUACAGCAUGAUGGCAGAAACCAAGAGAAGCUAAAGAAAUUUAUGAUUCGAAUUGGAGUCUUUAGUGGCUUAUACCUGGUACCACUGGUGGCACUUCUUGGAUGUUAUGUUUAUGAGCAGAUAUAUAGGAGAAUCUGGGAGACCACUUGGGUCUUUGACCAUUGUGAUCAGUACCAUAUUCCCUGUCCUUACCAGGCAAAGGCAUUAGCUAGACCAGAAAUAUUUUUGUUUCUGAUGAAGUACCUGAUGACGUUAAUUGUUGGCAUCUCUCCAGUAUUCUGGGUGGGAAGUAAAAAGACCUGUUCUGAAUGGGCCAGUUUCUUCAACAGAAAUCGCAAGAGAGAUCCAAUCAGUGAGAGCCGAAGAGUGUUGCAAGAAUCAUGUGAAUUUUUCUUGAAGCACAAUUCUAAAGUUAAACAUAAAAAGAAGCACUACAAAUCCAGGUCACACAAACUGAAGGUUAUUUCUAAGUCUAUGGGGACUAGUACAGGUGCUACAACAAAUCAUGGAACUUCUGCAGUGGCUAUUACUAACCCUGAUUACUUAAGCCAAGAGAACUUCACAGAAAUUAAAACCCCUCGAGAAACAGCUGAGAAAGAGAUGGAGGCAGAUGGAACAUCAACCCAGAAAGUGGAGGAGGGGGAGAAUGCUGGUGGUGAACAUGUCCUACAAAUAUUAUCUACUUCUAAACUGGCUAUGGAACAGGUGGAAAAGAGCAGCAAGGCAGACAACACCGUUGAUAUGAUUAGCUUAUCUGAGAGUAUGAAAAGAAUGUGUGAAGGAAGGGUAUCUCCUAAAAGUGAUUUUACUGAAACUCAUCCACUACAAGUCAGUAAUUCACAGCUACCCAGUGUUUCACAACCAGGCAGUACCAGCGGCUCCAUAUCAAUGCUUGUCCACUCGGCUUCAGACACUAGAAAAGAUCAGGAUUCUGGAAACAGUUCAAAUCCUUGA